ACACAGAGAGCAUUUUACAGUUCUGUUUCAGAACGUACAUGUGCCAAUGUGACCACAUGUGCACCUUGCAGCUCACUAUUUGACCAAGCUCCACUUAACAUCUUACUGACCCCCAUACUGACAAUUGCUCUCUGCCAACUGGCAGUGUGCAUUUGUCACAUGAUUGCUUUUUGCCGCUGAUCUUUGCAUGGCUGAACUACCGGGAAUUUUGACAAUUCUCUAAUGGGAUCCAAUCCAACAUCCCAAGGUCCGUAUCUGCAAUGACUCCACUUCUCCAUUCAUUUCUGUGGCCCCCAGCAGCUGAAGUUGAACCAAAGAUGAUGUGCUCCCAGUACUGUGUGCAGGACACCUACUGAUGAUAUGGCCAUUGUGUCCUACUGGUACUCACUGGGUUGCAUGUACCUGAUAUUACACUGGAGGAACAAUGCUGAUGGAGCUAAACGAUUAUCACAAUAUGGCUGCCAGCUGUUUUCUAGAGUGGCGGAUUGCAGACAUUUAGAACUUCCUUCAGUUCCCCAAGACCUUCCAUCCAAUAUUCAAGAACUGCUUCUAGAUUACAACCACAUUGGAAGUCUAAGUAAAAAUUCUUUGCUGCAAUAUCCUGACCUGAUCAACUUGAGCUUAAGAUCCAACAGUUUGGGUCUUAUAGAUGUGGAAGUUUUCCAGAGAACAAAGAAGCUGGUGUCGCUAUCACUACAUAAUAACACUAUUUCUACUAAUUACACGUUGGUCUCCAUGGGCUUGAGAUCUGCCUCGUCUCUUAGGUGGCUGGAUAUGUCACAAAAUAAUCUUUCUGUGGACAUGGUGACUAUUCUCAUUAGGAAUAUGACAUCCCUAGAAUUCCUCAAUCUGGACUACAAUGUUAUUAUGCGUUUGGACAGCUCUGUCUUUGAGGGUCUCACUUACUUGAAAGAGUUGAGCCUUCGGUGGAAUUACAUAUAUGAGAUUGAAGGGGGCACAUUUGAAGGCCUGGUAAACCUGAAGACUCUGAACCUAGCUUUUAACCUAUUGCCAUGUAUUGAGAACUUCUGUCUGACGCAGCUUCAAGUGCUCAAUGUUAGCUUUAACCACAUUGAAUGGUUCUUGUCACAAGAAAUUGACUUUGAUUUUCAGCUAGAAAAAUUGGACAUCUCUCACAAUCAAUUGUUAUUCUUUCCGCUCUUGCCGAAACACCAUCGCCUGCACUCAUUGCUGCUAUCUGACAACAGUAUGAAGUUCUAUGGCAAUCUUAUGGAUGAGAACUCUUCCUAUGUGGAUUUCCUCAUACAGGAGAACAACACAACCACUGUCACUACUGUCAGUUUAUGGGAGGGUUCCAUCCCGAGUGAUCUAUCCACACUGCAUGUUCUGGACAUUAGCAGAAACCAAUUUGAUUACUUACCCCGUGGCUUUAUUGUUGCAAUGACUUCUUUGUCCAAUUUGAAGCUUAACUGGAACUGUUUAGAGGUGUUUGACUUGUCAUAUGGCCAAAUUACGAAUGCUCUCCAUACGCUGGACCUUAGUAAUAAUAAACUUUCAGAGCUGAGAAUAAACAUCAGCUCCCAGAGAUUUGAUCAAGUAACUUACCUGAACCUGAGCCAUAACAGACUACAAGAGCUGCCCAAAAACAUCUUCAGCAGCAUGGAGAAACUUAGCACACUGGAUCUGAGCCAUAAUCUGCUUGACUUGUGUUCUCACCCAGGCAAUGUUGUAGCUAAUCAGGGGUGUGUGGACCUUAGGAACCUAGCCUCACUUAGAAACCUCCACUUAUCAGACAGUGGGCUAAAUUUAGACAAUCAAAAUGUUUUCCAAGGGACUCUAUUAACACACCUGGACAUUUCAUACAACCAGCUGAAAGGACUUCACUUUUUGCUUGAAACUACCAGAACGCUAAAAUCUCUCUCUCUCCGGAAUAGCUUAUACUUUUCUGGCAGUGUUGAUUUUUCUGUAUUUCAGAGCUUGACUGUCCUUGAUCUGUCCGAAAACAAUCUCACUACAUUCCCUGCAUCAUUGACUGAUCUGGCUCUUCAGUAUCUGGAUGUCCAUAAAAACAAACUAAUUUCAAUACCCUUGUACAGUACCAGCCAGCCACUUACAAGGAGCCUUAAUACCAUUUAUUUAAGCAACAAUCCAUUCGAUUGUUGUACAUUGAACUGGUACAACAUACUAAAUACAUUUGGUACUAUCAGCAUCCCUGAUCGCCAGCAGGUGACUUGUAAUUUCUCAUCCAACUACAUGUCCGUGCAGAAGCUUUCUGGAUCUGUCCUGCAAAGUUGCCAUUGGAAACAUGGCGGCACUUUACUGUCAUUGCUGCUUACAUUACCCACUUCUGUAACUCUACUGGUGGCACUUCUUCUAAUGUUUCUUACCUUUAAACAGAAAUUACUACAAUUGUUCAAACUAUGUUUUAUGACAUCCUCCAGCUACUGAGAUAUUCAAUAUGUGCCUAGUGAGAUAUAGAUGAUUAAACGAAUGAUGGGCCAAAUAUAGGGGGUAAUUCCAAGUUGAUCGCAGCAGGAAAUUUUUCAGCAGUUGGGCAAAACCAUGUGCAAUGCAGGGGGAGCAGAUAUAACAUGUGCAGAGAGAGAUAGAUUUGGGUGGGUUAUUUUGUUUCUGUGCAGGGUAAAUACUGGCUGCUUUAUUUUUACACUGCAAUUAAGAUUGCAGAUUGAGCUCACCACACCCAAAUCUAACUCUCUCUGCACAUGUUAUAUCUGAUCCCCCUGCAGUGCACAUGGUUUUGCCCAACUGCUAAAAAAUUUCCUGCUGCGAUCAACUUGGAAUUACCCCCAUAGGGCCUAAUUCAGACCUGAUCGCAGCAGCAAAACCUUUCUCUAAUGGGCAAACCCAUGUGCACUGCAGGAGGGGCAGAUAUAACAUGUGCAGAGAGAGUUAGAUUUGGGUGGGUUAUUUUGUUUCUGUGCAUGGUAAAUACUAGAUGCUUUAUUUUUACACUGCAAUUGAGAUUUUAGUUUGAACACACCCCACCCAAAUCUAACUCUCUCUGCACAUGUUACAUCUGCCCCACCUGCAGUGCACAUGGUUUUGCUCAUUAGAGAAAUUUUUUGCUGCUGCAAUCAGCUUUGAAUUAGGCCCAUUGAGUUCUGUAAAGGAGGCUGUAAGGAGGCAGCAAAAGAGAUCUCAGCUAAAGGUCAUCCUUGUUCUUGUUUUGCACCCCUCAGUGUAGUAAGAUGCAUCUUGGAAGUAUGAGUGUUAAAUUCAAUUAAACAGAACCUUUGUUGAAGAAUGCAUAAUUAUAAAUGAAUUAAAUAUACCUUAAUAAUAAAUAUCGCUAUUCUCACUUUUCUGUAAAUUAAAAUCAGGCAAAAGAUAAUUGGCUAAAUAAGAUAUCCUACAAAAACAGUCUCAGGCGGUUAUUCAGAGACGGACGCUGAUCUUGCUUCCUGUAGCAAGAUCUGCGUCCAUCUACUCACAUGCUGGGGACCACACAGUACAGGGCAAAGCCGCCGAGUAUGUGUGUGUGGCGUCACCUCGCAAUGCAUCCACAAUUUGAGCUUGACCCUUGCCUGAUGUCACGCAGCCACCCCGAAAAUAGUUGGGACACGCCUGCACUAUCUGGAACGUGCCCAGUAAACGCCAUGGCGCUGCCUCCCCGACGCCUGCAGCUGUCAAUCACUAUGUGAUCGCAUCUAUUGUUAGUGUGCGUGCGCAGACCAGAUGUACGCGGCCGAUGCUUACAGAUGCGCGGCUGCGUCCAUCUUUGAAUCGCCCCCUCAGUUGUCUGCACAUUCCACGUGAUGUACACUAAUGGCAGAUACCAUACGGUAUACAGAGUCAAUGCAAUAGAAUAGCGCCCCCCAUGGACAGUUUAUCUUAACAAUUGAAGACCUGUUUGCAUUCAGCCAAAUAAUGUGCUUUGCACAGGAAAAAGGGUUCUGCAACACAUAUCUUGUUUAUAAAGGAAAGAACUGUUCCAUUUAAUGCGCAGUAAGCAGAUUUACAAGAUUGAGCUGAGAACGUUUUUUAUUGAGUCCUGAGUAGGAGCUCAAAUGGUAAACACCAGGCAGCCUCCAUAAUGAAGACAUUGAAGAAAGGUCAUACAUGAUUUUGUUCCUUUUUUAUCUUCUGCAUUAAAAGCAAAAACAAUAUAAA